AUUACGAGACAAAUCAAACAAAAGAAAGAACUCAAAUGACAAAUUCCUUUAUUUUUAUUAUCGUGUAAGUUUUAUUAUAUAAUAAUCGUGCGGAGGACGGUCAAAUUCCCUAAUUUAAUAAUACAGCAGCAUCGCUUUCCAGUGGAGCAGCAGAGAAGCAGCAGGGUUUGGACCUAUUUGGGUUUAUGGAGCAACCCUGAGCCGAUUGAGAAUCCCAGAUGCAGUUGAAGAAUUAACAUGAAGAGAAGAGAGAAACUAUUCAUUCUUGUUGAAUAAGCUUGAAUGGCGUUUCAGGGAUUCGGGAAGAAUACAGGCCCCAUUGGCCCUCCAAAAGCGCAAACCCCUUUUGGGAAUUUCUCUCGCACUCCUUCCCCUACUCCUACCUUCCCUCCAUCUUCCAGACCCAGUGGGACACUUCCUAAAUGGGGUAAUGGGCAAAAAUACGUCUACCAUGAUUAUGAUGCUCAAGCCUACCAACAGUCUCCCGAAGUAGUGCCACCUUUACCUUCAGUGUAUGCUGAAAGUGCCCUCUCUGCUAGUGUUAGAGGUUCCCAAGUUCAAGAUAUCAGAAGAACUGGGCCACCUACUUCAUUUUCUUCUGAUGCAGAAAUUCUGGGAGCCUCCACGACCAUGAGGGGAAGUCGUUCAGAUUUGAUAUUCAGUGAUCAGGGCCCCUUUGUUUCCCAGCAAAAUCAAUCAUCUCCAUUGUUUCGGAAUGAGAGUCCAUUGGUUUCCAAGAGUACAAGGUCACCUCCGUUGUCUUUUCAGAACAAUCUUCACCCGGAUGGCAAAAUUCCUCCUCUUGGAGGAGCUCAGCGGCCUUCGCUGCCCCCUUUUAUGCGGGGAAACUCAUCCCAGUCGUUUCAAAACUUUCCAAUCCGAUUACCUCACCAAAGGCUUCCCUCUAUUCCAACAAAUUAUGAACCUGGAAGACAGAUUCCAGUGAAGCAUACAGAUCAAGUCUCAAAAAGAACGAGGUCCCCCCCUCACUCACCUCCUAACGUGGCUUCUUUUGAAAAAUCAGCUCUUGGUCUGCGUGAAUCCAAAAGGCCGUCUACCUCUCCUUCCAAAUUGAGGUCAAAUGUCCCCCUUGACUCUCUAGCUCCUCAAUCCUCAAUGUCUGGAUAUGGUGUCAAUGUUGAAGUUGAUCUGAGUAAGCCAAUGAACUUUCCAGUUCCCAAAAGGACCAAGUUUCCUUCCGUACCUUCAUCUGAUCAAGUUCUUCAAUAUGACUCCAAUCAUACAGAUGAUGAUAUUCAACGAGAAACUGAGGCCAAGGCAAAGCGCUUAGCUCGUUUCAAGGAUGAUCUAAGCCAACAAAAUGUGCGAGAUGAUUCUAGUAUUCCUCAGAAGGGUCCUUCAAUGAGUCAGUAUCAAUCUGUUGUGGACAGGCCAAAAUUUUCUGCGGAAGAUAAUGUAGAUUCAACUGAUGAUUUCUCAGAUGGCAAUCUGCUAUCUGAUUAUCAAGGGUCAGAGUCUUCUGGUGUCAUAAUUGGGUCAUGUCCUGAUAUGUGUCCAGAAUCAGAAAGAGCAGAACGAGAAAGGAAAGGAGAUCUUGACCAAUAUGAACGCUUGGAUGGAGACAGAAACCAAACCAGUAAAUUGCUUGCUGUCAAAAAGUACACCAGGACAGCUGAGAGGGAAGCUCUGCUCAUACGUCCAAUGCCAAUCUUACAGAAGACCAUGGAUUAUCUUUUGAAUUUGCUAGAGGGGCCUUACGAAGAAAGCUUUCUUCACCUGUAUAACUUCUUAUGGGACAGGAUGCGUGCAAUCCGUAUGGAUUUGAGGAUGCAACAUAUUUUCAACUGUGAAGCUAUUAAUAUGCUGGAGCAAAUGAUAAGGCUCCAUAUAAUUGCCAUGCAUGAAUUAUGUGAAUACACGAGAGGAGAGGGGUUUUCUGAGGGAUUUGAUGCACAUCUCAAUAUUGAACAGAUGAACAAAACAUCAGUUGAGCUAUUUCAAUUGUAUGAUGACCACCGGAAGAGAAGAAUAAAUGUGGAAACUGAGAGAGAAUUUAGAGGUUAUUAUGCACUUUUAAAGCUUGAUAAACAUCCAGGCUAUAAAGUUGAACCUGUAGAGCUUUCGCUUGAUUUAGCAAAGAUGACACCAGAUAUGCGGCAAAGCCCAGAAGUUCUCUUUGCCCGUGAUGUGGCAAGGGCCUGCAGGACCGGUAAUUUUAUUGCUUUCUUUCGGCUUGCAAGAAGGGCUAGCUAUCUUCAAGCUUGCUUAAUGCAUGCUCAUUUCUCGAAGUUACGAACCCAGGCCCUAGCUUCUUUACACUGUGGCCUGCAGAAUAGCCAAGGAAUCCCCGUUGCCCAAGUUGCCAAAUGGCUUGGGAUGGAGGAAGAGGACAUAGAAGGCCUUCUUGAGUAUUAUGGUUUCUCAUUAAAGGAGUUUGAAGAACCAUAUAUGGUGAAGGAAGGUCCAUUUAUGGAAGUUGACAAUGACUAUCCUGUCAAGUGCUCAAAACUUGUCCAUAAGAAAAAAUCAAGGACAAUAUUCGAGGAUGUUUCAGUUCCGCAUGUUGAGUCAGUGUCAGAGAAAGAAACAGAGUGCCUGUUAGAUAAGGAUCAUCAGCAAAAACCUACAGUUGUUCAAUUUCUCGAGCCUGAUAGUUCUUCACUGUCCAUCGAGGAGAACAUGCCUGAUUAUGAAACUGUUUCAUCUCCAAAAGAUGAGAUAAAGAUAAUUCCAAUUACUAAAACAGAAUUUUAUCAGAUCAGAUAUGAAAGUCUGCAGGCUCCUCCUGGUCCUGCAGUGUCAAGUCUGCUGGCUCCUCCUAGUCCUUCGGUAUUCUUUCCUCAUAUUUCCCCUGAGGUUCAGCAACAAGCUAGAGUUCGUAGUGCAGAAAAACCUGAACUGCAGCUGGAAGCAAGAGUUGGGGGUUCAGGGAAACCUAAAAACUAUGAAGUUGCACAAUUUGAUGCAAGAAGUAUGCCCAUGCAAUUUAUACCUGCCAGAGAUGAACGGGAGAGCUCUCCAGUUUUGCCAGCUAAUUCUCUUGUUGAAGACAGAGAAUUGAAGCACAUGUUUGAUGAAAAGAAUGAAGAUGAAGAGCUGGUGAUCACCGGCGAGGAAGCUGAAACUAAUGAACAAGAAGCAAGUUAUUAUGAUGGAGAAGUUGAUGAGACAAAACUUAAACUGAUUAUCAGGAAAUGGAAGCGGCGUUCUUCAAAGAAAAGGGAGAUGCGAGAGGAGAAACAGUUAGCAUCUAAAGCUGCUCUGAGUUCGCUCUCUCUUGGAGUUCCUAUGUGGCCCAACAGAAUUCAACAUAGCACAACAGUUGAGUUCAACAUUGAUCGUGCUGUCUCGAAAUGGUACCGAACUCAGGAAAGAUCAUGGUCAAGGCUGAAUGUUUCAGAUGUUGUUGCCACCACACUCCAUGAAAAAAAUGCAGCUGCCAGAUGCCUCUGCUGGAAAGUAAUAAUAUGUUGUCAGGAUAAUAUAAACAAUCUGAACCCAAUAAACGGCGUGGACCAGUUGAAUGCCAAGUCAUGGUUGCUUUCCAAGCUCAUGCCUGCAAGAGAAGAUGAAGAUGAUACACUAAUAACAUCUCCAGGCCUCUCUGUUUGGAGGAAUUGGCUUCUUAACGAAUCAGGCGGGGACCUUAUUUGUUGUUUAUCAGUUAUCAAGUACACUAAUUUUGAGAAUCUGAAUGAGACAGUAGCAGGUGCAAGUGCGGUUCUCUUCCUGUUGUCGGAAGGUAUCCCAUGGGUUCUUCAGAAAAAUCAGCUUCAUAAACUGUUAAUGUCUAUACCUUCUGGUUCUCAAUUACCCCUUUUGAUCGUAAGUGAGCUGUGCAAGGAAAAUGCAGAUCCUUCCACUAUAGAAAAAGAACUGGAGCUACAUGAAGUCCGUGAAUCAAGGCUUCAUUCCUUUAGUGUUGUCUACCUAAAAAACCAGCAGAUGGAACAGUUGAAAGGGUUUUUCAGUGAUGAGCAAUUAAGAGGAGGACUGAAGUGGCUGGCAAGUGAAUCACCACCACAACCAGUUCUCCAGUGUGUAAACGCCCGAGAACUGGUUUUCUACCAUUUGAAUUCUUUGCUUGGGGUUCUUGGUGAAAUGAAUGCUUAUGAUGUGGGUCCAAACAAUUGUAUCUCAGCCUUUAAUGAGGCCUUGGAUCAGUCAAUGAGGGAAAUAGCUGCUGCAGCUCAUGCUAAUCCUACCUGUUGGCCCUGUCCUGAAAUAGGUUUGCUGGAGGAACAUAGCCAUGAGCACGAAGCUGUGAUCCAACACUUGCCAAAGCUGGGAUGGAGCUUAGCUCCAAGAAUUGAACCAGUUGUGUGCGCAAUAUCUAACUGCAAAUUUCCAUCUUUUCUAGAUGAUACAUCUUGGUUACAUAGAGUUUCUGAUGUGGAUGUUAAAAACCAGAUAUUACAACUUCAAAGUUGUCUAAUAAAGUACUUCUCAGAGAUUAGCAAGUUGAUGAUACUGCCACUUGCAGAAAAAGAGGCUAGUGUUAUGAUGCAGAAGUUUGUGCAGCUUCAACUGCAGAAUUCACACUACUACAUUGUACCAAACUGGGGUAUGAUUUUCCAACGGGCAUUCAAUUGGCAGUUGAUGAAGUUAGUUAAGGAGACAUCUUUCUCAGUGUAUAUCCUGAUAAAGCAUGAUUUUUCCUCUUCAAUGCUUGGAGCUGUGGAACUUGAAGACUCUGCACAGUCGCAUUACCAUUUGUCACAUCUAUCUCUUGAUGAAAUGGUUGAAGCUGUACGGAUACCUCUUCUCGGAUGUGCUAUGCUUGAUGGGGAAGGAAGAGCUUUCCAACCUUAUCCAGGUAUGACUUCACAUAGCGAAGAUUUUCCCACAGCAACUGGCGCAGGCAAUGAAAUAGAGCAUGGAAAGGAUGUUGGACAUGUUGAAUUUGUACAAGCCAGUUAUAAUACAAUGGAAGAUCUAAAUGAAGUUCAAAGUGAACCUCUGAUGACUAUUAAGGAAACGAAAGAAACUGACAAACUUGGCGAAUUACUGGAGAGAUGUAAGAUUAAGCAGAACAUGAUAGAUAAAAACUUGUCAGCAUAUUUUUAAUUCGUUACCUUUUCUUACUCGCCGAAAAUCUGUUGUAUGUGCAUUGUAUCUUUUUAUCAUGAAGGGUCUAGCUUUAUAAA